AAUCAUCUGUUGUUUUUAGAAAGCAUGAGAUUUUUCUCGUGUUUACUUUAACUAGGUUUCUGUAAUAACUAAAUUCAAUUAGCUGUUCUUUUGUGCCGAUUUUACUAAUUAUUUAAUGAAUGAUGUUUACAAGAAAUCAGUUAAGACUAUCAUCUUUCAAUUACUUCACUGAUAAUCUAUUUAGUGUCUAUACAAGCCAGUCAAUUCGUCAAGUUACUACGACUGUCAAUAAAGUUGAACUUCAUGCGGACAUUGAUGAAAAACUGACUCAAGGAUUACGUGCUAGGGCACAGCCUGGAAGACGUGCAUUACCUACUGUCGAUUUACCUGUUACAUUAGAGUCUGCAUGUUACAAAGUGAUUUCAAAAUAUAAGAGGCCUGCUUUCAAAGAUGAUGUAUUCCGGGUCCACAACCAAUUUCACCAUCGACAACUACCAUCUGAGCCGGCCGAAAUUCAACAGAAAUAUAAGGAAAUUGAAUAUCGAUAUGUACAGAAAGAAAAUUUUGUUCUCUCUGAACUUGACCCAAUCAGCAGAGAGGAAGAACUGCGGAAAAGAGAAGAGAAAAUUCAAGCAACGCUUAAAAAGGAAAUUUACAAUUGGCAACCAGUUGAAUAUGAUGAAUACAAUAGUAUUGUCUAUAUGGCUGCUCGACUCGCCCCAAACUUCGCCGCGACUAAAUUUGUUUUACAUGAUAUAAAAUGCACUUAUCCUGACUUCAAGCCAAAAACACUGUUUGACUUUGGAUCGGGUGUUGGCACAACUAUUUGGGCAGCAAAUGAAAUAUGGCCAAAAUCAUUUUCAGAAUAUUUUUGUGUUGACAUCUCUAAAGAGGCCCAUGACAUAGCUCGCUUGCUGUUAAAACAAGGUGAUGACACCAAACCAUUAAUUUAUGAAGGAAUUUUUACUCGUCAAUUUUUACCCGUAGCAUCUGAUAUAAAAUAUGAUCUAGUUGUUAGUGCAUUUUCCCUGUUAGAGCUUCCCUCUUUGCGAUCUCGUGUUAAUACCAUUGAAAAUCUGUGGCACAAAACGGACGACUUGCUUGUCAUUAUUGAACAUGGUAAAAAAGCUGGAUUUGCCGCCGUUUUAGAAGCUCGUAACUUGGUUCUUCAAAUAACCGGACACAAGGUCACUGAUACAUUCAAUGUUGACAGUGAAAUUAGAGGAGUUACUGAAUCCGAUGAUAAUCAGGUCCCAUCAUCACAUAUUAUUGGUCCAUGUCCACACAACUAUCCGUGUCCUAAACUCUUUACUGGUCAAAUUGAACCUUGUAAUUUUUCUGUCUCUUUCAACCAUUUACAAUACGGCGAAUUAAGCAAGAUUCUCUGGGGUAACCGUGAAGAAUUUUCUUAUUGUGUGAUUCAAAAGAAACCAAGGAAUUUUAAAGAAAAUCCUCCUUGGCCUCGAGUUAUUUCCCCUGUAAUUAGGAAACAAGCCUCUGCUCUGUGUAAAUUAUGUUGUCCAGAUGGGACAAUUAAAAAUAUUAGAGUUGGUAAACAAAGAGAUACUAAAAAUCUUUACAAUUUAGUCAAGUUAAGUAAAUGGUCUGAUCUGUUACCAGUGACAAUUCACCAAGUCGAGAAAUUGGAUUGAACUUAAAUCCAGAUCAGUCUCAUGAUCAGCUGACUCUCCAUUUUCGCCUCCCUCUAAUAUAGUUGAAACGGCGAAAUCGUUUUCAUUAUCAUAUCUGUUAUUCCAAACAUCGAUUCGACGAUUAUUGGACACAAAAUUGGUACCCUUCCAUUCUUCAUUAUUAUAAGCCAUUUCUUGAGUCCCAUUCCUUUGAGUAUAUGGAUUGUUUAGUGAAUUUACAUCAGUUGGAAGGGCAAUUCCAGGAUUAUUACUAAAAUCUGGAUAAUAUCCUAAAUCAGGCACAGAUUCUGAAUGAUGAUUAGAACCUAGAUAUUUGGCUAUAUCUUCAGCUGCAUUUUCUUCCUCAUCAUCCUCGUCCUCACUAUCAUCUUCAUCGUCAUCUGUAUCACCAGAUUCACGAUCUUCAAUAUCAUAUUUUUUAAUUUCGGUACCUUUGGAAUGAGGAGAAAGAAAGAAAGAAAAAAUUGUGAGAAAAGGUCAAACAAUUAAUGUAACAAUCAAAUAUAAAAUGAGCACUUUUGGAUUUACGCUCAAUCUAAAUAAACUUGUUAGCUCUUUGAAAGCUGCUAACAAAAGCAAAGUUUAA